AUGGAAAAGAAGAAUAGGGUGGCAGUGGGUGUUCCCGGCGGCCACUCGAUCUCGCCGGAGGGAAACAGCCGCAAGGGUGGAGGCGGCGGCACAAGAGAAGGGCAGCAACGGUGGCUAAACGAAGGAGAAGGUGGCAACGGCGAUCUUCGUCUUCAUCGGCGGCCUCGUCAUCUACAGCAACCGGCAGAAGAAGAAGAAGACAACGACGCCGGAAAGAAUGGAGAAGAAGGACGGUGGUGCGAGACCCAUCGAGGACAGCAGCAGCAAUCACGUUUCAUGGCAUUCCGGCGACCCACCUGA